ACAGUAACGAACCCACUGCAACUUCUAGUGGGAAUAUUUCUCAUUCGUCUACUUCUCCUUCAAAUAGCAUGUCAGUUAUUAAUAACAAUCAAUCUUUACAAUAUACUCAAAACCCUCAAUUCCCUUCUCAAGAACCUGAAUGUUUAUUCUAUUACAGGCCAAACAACGAUGUUCAAAUUUAUCUCAUUACUUAUAAAGAGAUAACCUUUAAUGAACUCAUAUCUCAAUU